AUGCGGAUGGUUUGGAAGGCACGCCACUUGGAGAUCCAGAUUUUGGGCGACGAGUGCGGCAACACCUUGGCGCUGAACGGCCGCGACUGCUCCACGCAGCGUUGCUUCCAGAAGAUCUUCGAGGAAGGCCCUCCCACCAUCGCGAAGCCGGAUGUCUUCCACGAGAUGGAACGAGCCGCCAUGCGCUUGACCGCGCUGGUCAGCCUCGCGCUGCGGGCACUGUGGAGUAUCUGUAUAGCGCAGAGAUCCUUGGCAGUCCAUAACUUCGUAACCCAAAAAGGCUAG